AUGCCUCGCAUCGAUACGGAGCCCUUGGUGAGCGAUGAUGAUGCGCCACGCACUCUGGAUGCUGCUGCAACGGCCACAACCACACCGAGCACCACUUCCAUUGACGAGGAGGUGCCCGUCCACCCGCCCGCGCUUGAUUACAACAGCUACCGUUGGUUCAUCCUGGAGCCCGCAGUAUUUCUGAUCUUCUUUGCCAGAUAUCUAAUUGGGGCGGUUUAUCAGAAUCAAAUCCUCUACCAAACCUGCGUCACCAUCAUGAAGUAUAACGCCACCGAAUGCGAACCGUUGCUGGGCAUCGAUAGGGGAGAAUCGGAGGCGGCGAAAAAAAUAGAGGUCCAAGUGCAGGAGUAUUCGGCAAACAUAAUGAUGACAACCUCUCUUCUAGAGAGCAUAAUACCAGCCUUUGUGAGUCUAUUCCUGGGCCCCUGGUCGGACAAGUUCGGCCGGCGGCCCAUACUCCUGACAACCUUCACGGGCUACCUGACGGGCUCAAUCAUACUGAUAAUUAUUACCAGGAUAACAAUGGUCACAAAUAUAAGUCCUUGGUGGUUCCUGCUUUCCUCUGUGCCCUCGGUUCUGAGCGGAGGAACUUGCGCCUUGAUAACGGGCAUCUAUUGCUACAUAUCGGACGUGGCCAAGGAACGCAAACGAGCCCUGAGAAUGGUUCUAAAUGAGGCCUCCCUCUGCACGGGCAUGAUGGUGGGCAACGUGGCCAGUGGGUAUAUCUAUGCAGCAACGGAUGCUUUCACCCUCUUCUUCAUAGCCAGCUGCCUGAUGGCCUUGUCCUUGAUGUAUGUCUAUUUCUGUGUGCCCGAGAGCCUGAUACCCGAUCAUCUUCCCACAGGAUCACGCAUCCGCGAGUUCUUCCGUUUCGAUUUGGUCAAGGAUCUGGUUCGCACCUGCUUCCAAAGGCGGCCAAACUUUGACCGUGCCAUUAUCUGGCUGACUAUGAUCGCUCUGACCAUAGCCAUCUUUGAUAUGGAGGGUGAGAGCACUGUCAACUACAUGUUCAUGCGGGAACAAUUCGACUGGACUAUCAAGGAUUUCAGCCUAUUCAACGCCGCGCGAAUUGUCGUCCAGAUUGUGGGCAGCAUAGUCGGAAUGGUAGUUCUGCGACGCGUGCUUAAGCUGUCAAUCAUAACCAUGGCAAUGCUGUCGCUCGCUUGCUGCGUUCUUGAGAGCACAGUACGUGCCACGGCCGUGUACUGGCAGGAGAUGUAUGUCGGAAUGGCCUUCGGCAUGAUGCGCGGCGUAAUGGGACCCAUGUGUCGUGCCAUUCUGUCCCAUGUAGCGCCGAGCACGGAAGUGGGCAAGAUAUUCGCACUGACCACAUCGAUGGAGUCUGUUUCGCCGCUGGGAGCUGCUCCUCUGUACACGAGCGUUUACAAAGCCACGGUGGAAUUUUAUCCCGGAGCAUUCAACUUCAUCAGCGCCGUCUUAUACUUCUUAUGCUACGUUUUAAUAGCCAUCAUUUUCGGCAUCCAGAAGUCGAUGGGCAACAGCAGUGUUUAUCAGGCUAUUGGCAGUUAGCCGGCUCCCCGCUCAGCUUAGUUGAAUGUAUCUCAAAGACCAAUUAAAUCUGUACGUGUGUGAUUGCUGCGACGGUUCUCAAUGUGAACAAUUUGAAAAUAUUUCUGUAUUUGAAAGUCGUUUAUCCACGACUUGUGAAAGUAGCAUUACGUUUUUUAUCUUUUUUUUUACCAUAUUUUUGUUUGUGUUCAUGUGCAUUUGGGAAUACUACAACUGUGCCCUUGCUAUCUCGACUGUAUUUGGGAAAUGCAAACACAAUAAAUUACAGUAUUUUUAUAUUGUAU